AAAAUACUACAAAAAAUAAUAAAAUGGUUAAAAAACAAUCAAGUCCAAUGAUAACCAUUGACCAGUUCCAUUAACAAAGAAAAUGGAAACCUAAAAGUUUCCUACUUUCCUAUCUAUUUAUUUUUUUAAAAUAGGAUAUUUAACAUUGAUUUGGAUUUUUUAUUAAGAAAUGACAUAUGUGAAUUUUUUAAUAAUAAUGAACAUAAAACUAUGAUAAAAGGAUAAAUUUAGUUAAUUUUAAAAAAUGGAUGGAUAAAUUUAACCCUAAACUACGAUAAUGAGAUAAAUUUAACCCUAAAGUAUUACUAAUGAUAAAUUUAGUUAGUUUUAAAAAGUAGUUUGACAAAUUUGAUCCAUCUCUUUUUUUUUUUUCACUCACCCAAACGCACUUCACCUGCCUUCUCUCUCUCAUAUAUAGCAACUCUUCUCUCUUAUUUUCUUUCUUCCUCAACAAUCAAUACCAGAGAGAGAAAGAAAAAGAAAAAGAAAGAUUAAUGGAGAACAAGGAGGAGGAAACAAGUAAGAAAAAAACCCUGGGACGUCGAAAGAUACCAAUAGAGAAGAUAUCAAACAAGAAAAGUUUGCAGGUGGCAUUCUCAAAGCGUAGAGGAGGCCUCUUCAAAAAAGCCAGUGAACUAAGCACGUCAUGCGGUGUUCAAGUUGCCGUCAUCGUUGAGUCUCCGGCCGGUAAACUGUAUUCGUUCGGAAGCCCUUCUGUCGAUUCUGUUAUCGAUCGAUUUGAAAGAACACGACUCUGCUUCAAUAAUUGUUCUGAAGUACACGAGGAGGAGAAGGGAGUAAUGGAGAAAUCUAAUUGGUGGUGGGAAGAUGUGUGUCCGGAGAAUUUAGGGUUGGAAGAACUUGAAGAACGUAUGAGUGACAUGCAAGUUUUGAAGAACAAUUUAUUGAAAAGAAUUCAGGAUCAUGAUGAUUUGGUUAUGGCGGAUUCUUUUCUUAAUCUUUGAUAACCUAUUUGGAGGGUUCAAAUUUAACAUUCUUUCAAUGAAAAUAGACAAGGAAUUUUAAGUUGAUUAGUUGCUUAACUUCUUUUUUGUACUUUUUGAUUUCAACCAAUAUAGUUGGACUGACGGCUUAGCAUGACCAUUACUCGGUAAGAUUUUUGUAGCCAGUUAUUGACAGAAAGAGAAAGCUAAUGUAUUUCUUUGUUCUUUUCUCUUGGGCUUUCUUUUGUUUUUUUUGAUGAUGUGAUUUUUGGUUGUACAGAUUUAUUUUCAUAAUUUUUAUGCAAAAAAAGGUCUACUAUUACUACUUUUGCUGUUUCUAUGUACGCUGUUCAUUAGGUUUAUUUUACUUAAUGCAUAUGUGAGAUUAGUAGAUGAUCAAGUAAUUAUUUUCAAUUUGAACAACAGAGAAGUACAAUUUACUAUCACUUUCUGCAAUAUUUGUAACGCGUACUUGUUGAUUGUGUCACAUGCACUCUUUUUAACCUAAGUUCGUAGAUUGAGUAAUUACCAAACAUUAAUUUCUUCAGUGGAUGUGCAGUUAGGCCUCCUGAUUGUCAGAGAUUCAACCAACACAAUAUAAGGCACUCUAUCAAAUAACAAUCCUGUCUUGUA